AACAUUUCGUGCUGCACCUGGUGAAGACUUUGAUUCGGAGCAACAAAACCACAGCUCUGCUUUCUAAAGCCAGUAGGUCUCAUCAAUCGCGCUUGGACUGGUACAUAGUUCUACUAACUAACAACAUGGGUUCUACACAAUCCACAGCAAGGCUUGUCCUUCGUGUAGUCGUCCACGGCAUGGCAACGGCGCUUGGUGCCAAUGGCAUUAACGGGAUGUUCUUGACACCUGCAUACGACAGCAAGUCAAUUUCGGCAGAAGACCAAAACCAUCUUCGGGUUUUCUGGGCUGUGCCAACAAUCAUGUCGUUUGGCAUUCAUUAUGGCCUUUACAACUUUUACCGUGACAACAGAAACGUGCUGGAAAGACAAAAAACAGGUCGUCUUCUCAGAGAGAUUGCGAGUUGGAUGGGAACUGCCGCGGCUGUUAGACUAUUCUCCAUUGUGACAUUGGGAGAUCCAAAGCCUAGAAUGGCCCCCAUUGCCGUCGAAUGCGCAUUUGUUCCUUUGUUAUGGAUCCUAAGUAGCAAUCCAUAAGCGUAAAAAUAAAAACCGGUACCAGCAAGCUUUGAGAUAAGUCUUAUUUACAAACUGCACCAUGUUGCUACUAUCCAAUGUCUCUACUAGGUUUGUGACGAGUAAUAGCUUGGUAUUAAGAGCCAUUAUAGCAAGCAUUCCAUAUCCAGCACUCCCAUCAAUCUGCAUCUGGGCCAUCACACGCCAGAUCGUUCCGAACUCCCUCCUCGA